AUGGGAUGCGUUGCGUCUUUGGAGGAGGCUAAUGUCUAUGAGGGACUAGAUCUAGAAGGAGAUUGGGAGCACGAAGACAAUACAGAUUCUCUUGGCAUACCAGAGGCGUUCGAUAAUUAUGAAGCACCAUUUCAACCGGUACCAUUGGACAUUAGCCUUUAUGAUUUUGCUUCUGUUGAUGAAUACGCCCUUCAGGCGCCAUCUGAGCUCUUCAUCAGCUACCUUGGUCUGGUGAAGUAUCUGACAAAACCUUUCGACGACCCCAUCUUGAAGGUACGUUCUAUUCUAGUGUGGAUGAGUGGACAAAAGUUGAGGACCAAGAAACUUCCUGCAACAUCUUCGAACACACCGGCUGGAUACAUGAAUUUGAUAUACAAUAAAAAGGGGACUUUCGCUGCAUUCUUUGCUCUUUUGUGCAGACAAGCAGGCAUACACUGUGUCAUUAUCCAUGGUUUUUACAAAACUGCUCACUACAUAACGGGAGAUGAGAUUGACCGAGAAAAGUGCCGAUGUAGUUGGAAUGCCGUGUACAUUGAAAAGCAAUGGCGAUUGGUACAUCCCUUUCUGAUAUGUACACCUGUGGCCAAAUGGCCCGCCGAGAAUCCAGAAUGGGCCUUGAUUGAGUCCGGAGGCCAGAUGAUGCCCUUGUUUAGACCAGGUGAUGAACCCAAAAAGAGAAAUCCCAAAUCUUUGAAAUCCAGGUCCUUAACACCUAUGAGAUUUAAACGUGAAAUAGCCCCCGAAAAAUCUUUACCUUUGGGCAAGAGGAAGUCUAAAGAUUUUGGAAGCAAAGAAAGAGAAAACGAUAAAAGGAGGAUUCACGAGAAACCAGAGAUUCGCGUGUUCAACGAAAACUUUUUUCUUCCAUAUCCAACUGAUAUGUUAAAUUUAUGUUUUCCAGAGAUAGAUAUCUGGCAACUUGUGAAUGAUGAAAUUCCCUUCGAACAAUUUCGGUAUCUUCCGAAUCUUCGUCCUUAUUUCUUCAUGAACAAAUUUGAACUUACGACAGACCGGGUCGCUGUUCUUCGUUCCGAUUCCGGGAUAUUUCACGUAGAGAUACAAGAACCGGAAGAAACUCGCGAUGUUGUCAUGGCUUACGACUUGUAUCAGUAUAAGGGGACUCCUCGAAAUAAUGACGAAGAUGGUGCUUUUGUUUACCUUGACAAGUAUUACAAAACGUGGUACAUCCAAAUCCGGGUUCCUUCGCCAGGAACUUUCCGGUUUUCUUUGUUUGGAAGCCAAGAUGGCGAAGACUCUGAAUGGAUGGCAGAUUUUAGAUUAGAAUGUUCUUCAGUAAGGGACCGGUGCUGCCCUCUUCCAACCUUCCCUGGGGUGUACCUAUGGGGACCAAAAGCUCACACAGAGCGACUCGGUUUAACCGAGCCAUCCCACCGUUGGGGAGUAAUUCUGAUUAAAAAGGGAGGUGUUCAACUGAUAAAGUUUAUUCUAGUCAGGAAAAUUGACAUGCGAGUGAGGCUCCGCCAUCGACAAAUGCAAAAGGACGACCUCUCAAAGUUGGUGAAGUAUGAAGCAAAUGGAGAGGAACUUGACCUAACGGUGGCUAUUCCAGACUGUCAAGAGACUGAGUUUAACUUUGAAUUUGCAUUACAGAUAUAUAUUCUUGAUCCAGAAAAAUUAUAUUAUGUGAACGCAGUAAAUUAUCUUUUAACUUCAAAAGACCCUCGCAAUUACGAAGAUGGAAUAAGAGUUAGAGAGAAUGUACAACAGAGAAAAGCUAGAGAUUUACUCGUAAAAUCCGCAUUUUCUGCAAAUAUUGGCGAUCUAGAGGAUGCCAUUGAAAAGGCCAAGAGAGAGAAAAUAACUGACCCAGACGAAGAUUUGGAGAGAGCUACCAGGCGACUGGGAUAUCUCCGAAAUCACACGAUUCUUCGCGAUGCAAUAUUGAGAAGGCAUCAACAAACCUUGACAAAGGCUAUAGAAGAAGUAGAAAACAGUGAUUAUAGGCAUGCAUUGACGCUCCAUUUAAAGCGAGCAGAGGCGCUUAGAAAUAACCUCAUCAAACUGAAGCAGUUUCGGCAUGCCGUGCUAGAAUUAAAACCAGCAACAAUAAUUGAGCUACAUACAUACGCCAAUCCUCCACAAGAGGUUUAUGACACAAUGGUGGCCACGUAUCUUGUUUUAGGGGAGAGUCAUAGAAACCUUAAGAACUGGCCAGAAGUCCAAAAGCUACUUUAUAAACAGAAGGCAGACAGCAUCAUUUCGAGGAUUGCUGACUAUACUGGUGACGUACAACACAGCAACGUCAUCAAAGCCAAGAAGAUUUUGUCCAAGGUCAGCUUCAAGGCCGUGCGGAACGCUAGUGCUGGGGCUGCCGUCUUUUAUCAGUGGACCGAGAAAAUCAUUAAAGAGGUUGACAAGGGGAUGUUUGUUCCAAAGUCAACAUGACCAUGCAGAAAAGUUCAACAUUUUUAAGUCAAAUCAGAGAGCUCAAAGAAGAAGCC